AUGUCUUCAAAGGCCAACCAAGAUAUGAUGUUUGGUCAAAGUCACAAUUUGGAGCAAUCAGUGUUCGAUCAUAAUCAUAAUUUGGGCCUCGGCGAGACCCAUGCUUUAGAACUGAGAUCAGCUCAUGAGCAUCAAUUGAGCUUGGGAGAAACCCAUGAUCAUGAACUAGGCUUGGAACAUCCUGAUGAAUGUGAAUUUGGGUUGGAACUAAACCAUGAUCAAGAAGGUGAUGAUGGUCAAGCUUAUGAGGAUAACCAUAAGGUUGCUAUAGAUAAAAAGCCUGAGCUUGAUGAACAAGAUGAGUUGUCCUUUCCUGGACAAAACCAUGAUUUGGUCUUUCCGGGUGACAAUGAUCUGACUGUUUCGGAAGGCCAAGGACUUGACGAGAACAUUGACAUGGCUGUGGUUCAGCAUCCAGAAAUGAGCAUUGGUUCUGCCAAUGAUAUGGGUGUUCAUCCGUCUCAGUAUAUGGUUUCUUCUGAACCCUAUGUGAUUCAGGCUCGUAAAGUUGAUAUAAGUCCGACUUAUGAAUUGUCGGUGGGCCAAGAAUUUCCCGAUGUCAAGAGUUGUCGAAGGGCAUUGAGGGAUACAGCAAUUGCUCUGCACUUUGAGAUGCAGACUAUUAAAUCUGACAAGACACGCUUUACUGCUAAAUGUGCUAGUGAAGGAUGCCCCUGGCGCAUUCAUGCAGCAAAGCUUCCCGGGGUUCCAACUUUUAGCAUUAGGACAAUUCAUGAGAGUCAUACAUGUGGAGGAAUUUCUCAUCUUGGUCAUCAGCAAGCUUCAGUUCAGUGGGUUGCCAGCUCUGUGGAGCAAAGGCUGAUGGAGAACCCUAAUUGCAAGCCAAAGGAGAUAUUGGAAGAGAUUCAUAGGGUUCAUGGUAUCACCUUAACGUACAAGCAAGCAUGGAGAGGCAAGGAGCGUAUCAUGGCUGCAAUGCGUGGGUCUUUUGAAGAAGGGUAUCAUUUGCUUCCACAAUACUGUGCACAAGUGAAACGCACAAACCCGGGCAGUAUUGCAUCUGUUUAUGGAAAUCCAUCUGAUAAUUGCUUUCAACGCCUAUUUAUUUCUUUCCAAGCAUCUAUCUAUGGAUUUUUAAAUGCUUGUCGGCCUCUCUUGGGGCUUGAUAGGACAUAUUUAAAGAGCAAGUAUCUUGGUACGUUACUUCUUGCUACUGGAUUUGAUGGUGACGGGGCUCUUUUUCCUCUUGCAUAUGGUGUUGUCGACGAGGAGAAUGAUGAUAAUUGGACGUGGUUUCUCUCUGAACUUCAUAACCUGCUUGAGAUUAAUACUGAGAACAUGCCAAGGCUUACUAUUUUGUCUAAUAGGCAGCAGGGAAUUGUAGACGGCGUUGAAGUAAAUUUUCCUUCUGCUUUUCAUGGAUUUUGUAUGCGCUACUUGAGUGACAGCUUCUCUAAGGAAUUUAAUAACACUAUGCUGGUCAAUCUUCUAUGGGAAGCAGCCAAUGCUCUUACUGUAAAUGAAUUUGAAGCUAAAAUUUUUAAAAUUGAAGAGAUAUCACAAGAUGCUGCAUAUUGGAUUAGAAGAGUUCCACCUCGUCUGUGGGCUACUGCUUAUUUUGAGGGCCAAAGGUUUGGUCAUACAACAGCCAACAUCGUUGAAGCUUUAAGCAGUUGGAUAUUAGAAGCAUCCGGGCUUCCAAUUAUUCAAAUGAUGGAAUUCAUUAGAAGGAAGCUUAUGACUUGGUUUAAUGAGCGCCGAGAAACCAGUAUGCAGUGGACAUCUGUACUUGUUCCUUCUGCGGAAAGAUGUGUUGCAGAGGCUCUAGAACGUGCGCAAACUUAUCAGGUACUUCGUGCCAACGAAGCUGAGUUUGAAAUUAUAUCUCACGAGGGAACUAAUAUAGUUGAUAUAAGGAAUCGCUGCUGUCUUUGUCGCGGUUGGCAGCUUUAUGGCUUGCCAUGUGCACAUGCUGUGGCAGCACUUCUCUCCUGCAGACAGAAUGUGCAUAGAUUCACAGAAAGCUGUUUCACUGUCGCAACUUAUCGCAAGACAUACUCACAAACCAUACAUCCAAUUCCUGACAAAUCUCUCUGGAAGGAGUUGUCUGAGGGAGAUUCCAAUGCUAGCCAAGCUCUUGAAGUUAUAAUCAACCCACCUAAAUCUCUCAGACCACUUGGACAACCAAGAAAGAAGAGAGUUCGUGCAGAAGAUCGUGGGCGUGUUAAGCGAGUGGUGCAUUGUAGUCGCUGCAAUCAAACAGGUCACUUUAGAACCACAUGUGCUGCUCCCAUCUAA